CUACUUGUUUCUUUCUCAUACUCUAGCUGUCAAAUACUGUUGACUGUGCCUGUUGUGUUAAACAACCUGUAUACCGCGGUAGUAGCACAAGUGGGUUAUUUACAAAAACUUAAUAAUACUGAUUGAAAUUUUGUAUUUCGAUUCCCGCCGCUAUGGGCAACCUUCCCAGUCCUGCUUUUGCACCACGUCGACUCUCCUCAGCACAGCGUAAGGAGUUGCAGGACAAGCUUGGCAUGGACUGCAUGCAGUUUUACAACUUCGGGGUAUGCGGAGAAACGGGAGCCGGGAAGUCGACUCUCGUUAAUGCCGUCUGUGGCUACCAAGAGGGUGACCCAUCCGCAGCUGCGGUUGGACAUAUUGGUGGCGGAACAAGACAUGCGCGUGCGUAUAAACCAGCUAAAUACCCACGCGUGGCCAUUUGGGACAUGCCUGGCACAAACCACCCCGACAAUCCCAUGAAUACGUAUUUUUCUGAUCAAAAACUGUGCGCCUUUGAUUUGUUGUUUAUCGUCAGCAGCACAGUGCGCUUCACUGAAGUCGAUGCAAAGCUAGCUCUUCGCGCACAACGAGAGGGCGUUCCUGUUAUUUUUAUUCGGACCCAAGCUGAUGCCACCAUUCAUAAUGCCUACGAACGUGCGGUGAGAUCGGCAGCGGUUGAGAACGCAGCUAACAGACGAACCAUUGCAAAAGAAGUUCGAAAGGAUUUGUAUAAGGCCAUAGUAAAGGAACUGAACAACAUCGGAAUGGCAAACGUUUUACUUUUCAUCGUAACUGCCUUUGCCUUUUACGAGCAAUACGAUCCCGAGCUAUAUCCGGAACUUGACAAAGAGCAACUUCUUGACCGCAUCGAAGCACUAGCCGAAACUCGAGGGCGGAAAUGACACGGAGGUUCCCAGCUGCUUAAUUUACAUACAUUGAUAAAAGGUUUUACACGAAACAGCACAGAAUGACCACAAAUUUAAUGUUUGUGCCUUGAGUUCUUGAUUUAAUCUAGAGCGUUUCUAAAGUUAUUACGUGGCAAUCCCUGUAAAUAUUUUUUUCUAAUUCUGCUAGCUUAAUUAUGUACCUACGAUCGGUAUAUGAUUGCUGAAUACAAUUCCCACACAUAACUGGAUACUAGAUCACAAGCAAACCUGUGCGACGUGUGCGUUCAUUAGCUUGACAAUAUGGCUACGUCUUUUGCGCUUUUAUAAGUUCGGUCUGCAUCCACUGCGCUCAACAAAUCUCACCUGCGCCUUUUGCGCAUUUUUCAUCCCUCAAACCUACAGAUAGCUACGGCCAUGGUAAUCAUCAGUGCCUGAUUCCUCGAUUAUAGCUGCGCAUGUGCUAAUAACUGCAAGCGGCUUUGUGUAAUCGAAAAGCAGACUUUUUCAGUAUUUCUACAACGCCGGUCAAAAAGGGCGUUGUCAUUCUUGAUGUUUGUGAUGCGUACGGGCAAUAACCUGCGGUAAUAAUGCAACCGGUUGCAGAUCUACAUUACAAAGCACCAGUUACAAUGG